ACUAACUCUAAACUUAGUUUAGAGUUCACUGAUGCUAUGUCGUGUCGAGGCUGUGGUCACGCUGUGGUGGCCACUGAACUCUAUACGUAUAGUAUACGUUAGUAUAGAUUUCACUGGUGGCGGCAGGCCUAAUUUUAUUUUACUUGUCGAUGCUAUGUCGUGUCGUUGCUAUGGUUUGUCGAUGCUAUGUCGUGUCGAUGCUGUGGUUUGUCGAUGCUAUGGGCCAGAUCACCACCUGUCAGAUUAUCGAUUGCUGGCAGGCACAUAAUGGGCGCAAGAAACAAGUACACAAAGGACCAGCUGGAGAAAGAGCUGAUCAAGUCGAAGUCUAUCUUCCUCAGCUCGAGCUUCAGCGGGGCCUGCAGCAUACAAUUCGUUUCAAGAGAAGGCCAGAUCACCACCUGUCAGAUUAUCGAUUGCUGGCAGGCACAUAAUGGGCGCAAGAAACAAGUACACAAAGGACCAGCUGGAGAAAGAGCUGAUCAAGUCGAAGUCUAUCUUCCUCAGCUCGAGCUUCAGCGGGGCCUGCAGCAUACAAUUCGUUUCAAGAGAAGAAUGGCUGAAAUUGAUGAGCGCGCAGCGGCAGCGGCUGUGCAGGAACAGGAACAGCCAUCCAGGGCAGUGGCUGCGCAGGAACAGGAACAGCCAGCCAGGGCAGCGGUUGCGCAGGAACAGGAACAGCCAGCCAGAGAGUCUGUAAAGCUGCCUGGAGAACGGGCAGGCACCUUUGUAUAUGGUGAUGGCCACGGCUUUUAUUAUCACUCUGAAGGAGCGCGUUAUAACAAAAGAUUUCUAAAAUGCGUCGAGAAGAAGAAGCUGGGUUGCCUGGCCAGGGCUUCGAUGGGGCUGGAGGAAGGAGCACCAAUCAUGGCGACAUACGCCAGCCCAUUCCACAAUCAUUUUCCCGAUGAAGCCAAAGGCGAGACAAUGGUUUUCAUGGCUACUUUGAAGGAGAAGGCCAAAAACGAGGAGGGGCUGAGAGUAUCCCAAAUCUUUGAUCAAGAGGCAGACAGGAAUCCACAAGCUGCUAUAGCUGUUUCACCGAUAAAUGCAAAGAAGGCCAUGAAACGCGCGAGGGGUCUGGCGGAGCCGGCUAUCCCUCGUACACUUGAACAGAUGAGGGAGGAAAUGAUGCUUCCCGGUCGUGAGGGUUUGAAAACAACAAAGGGAGGGGAGGAAAAUUUCCUAAUUGAUCUGGCCAUCAAGGGGGAUGCAGGUGAAACGCUGGCCGAUGGUUUUGCAAGUCGCAGGACCGUCGAGUUCUUAAGACGGCAUCCCGGGGAGGCAUCCCACGUAAUGAUGGAUGCCACGUUUAAAAUAAUCCCUAGGCGUCCAUUGGGGGUCCAUCAACUUUUUUCUGUACAUGCGAUUUACAUGGACUUUGCUUUCCUGGUGGCGAUUUUUCUGAUGACGAGGAAAACAGAAGAUAGUUACAGAAGGGUGUUAACGUUUGUGAGAGAGCAGCUAAUCACCUGGCCUGUGGUGAGAAUCACCACGGACUUUGAAGUAGGACUGAUUAAUGCCAGCAAACGUAUCUUUCCAGGCGCCCAACACCAAGGCUGCUGGUUUCAUUUCACUCAGGCAAUUUGGAGGUACGUCAUGACCCACGACCUUUCGGCUGUAUGUCGUGCCGACGUAGACAACAUGAAAGUCAUAAAAAUGGUAAUGGCUUUGCCACACCUGCCAGCACAGAGAGGACCUCCUCACAGCGACCAGCGACCGAGUUCCUCCCUUCUCAAUAGUUGAUGGCCUAAAUGCAAUCAUAGAUUACAUUAAUGAGGGAGAGAUGGAUGCUCGGUUGCAGAACUUAACAGCUUAUGUGUGGAGAUUCUGGGUGGGUGUGAUUGGCGUGGAGUCAUUGUCUACUUUUGGUUGCACCAGGAGGACCAACAAUGACCUUGAGUCAUUCCACGCCAAACUUCUCUGUGCGUUUGGCGUGAAUCUCGACAUAUGGAGCUUCAUAAGUUUCAGUAUGAUUAGGACAGUCAAGAAGAAACAAAGAUCAUGGACGUAGUGAAAAAAGGAGAAGGGGAGAGUGUGGAUGAAGAUGAUCUAGCGGUGAAAUCGGUGGACGUAACUAGCUCUACUGUUGGCCGAUGAUGAUAAUAAUAAUUCAGUAGGCCUAGUGAAGGUGAUUUCCAUAGCAGAGAGUUGGAGGAUGAGGAGGAUUCGUUUUCGUCCUCUGAUGUAAAAACAGAGCCCAAGGAUAUUUCAUGUGUCACAUUGGGACAAACAUAGCGAUGUAUGGAAGAAGUAACUUGGCCACCGUACCCAAAGUACCUGACAAUUGUACAUUAAUAUGGAAAUCGAACAGAAUGAAGAUCCAAGUUCUUUGACAAUUAUCAGGAGUUAAGCCGAUGAAUUGCCACAUGAUACUCAGUUUCGGUCUUGAGGAGGAAGCAGUUCAUCAUCGAAAGCCGAAUAGGUACAUUUGAUGAAGGGGAUCAACGUCAUGACGAAGAAUUAUCCCCAAAUUAUUUUUACGAUAAAAAGGACUGAAAUUGAAAGAAUUAUCUCGAAAGAAAAAUGCCUAGAAAAUACGUUCGUAAAUUAGGCACAAGAGCCUAUCGCAACUAUUCAAGAGAGACUGCACCAUGUUAUUGAAGAACUGAAAACCAAAAAAAUCUCUUACCGUCAAGCAUCUAAGAGGUACGGCAUUCCAUUGAGCACCUUGAUAUUGGAGAUGAAGAAGGGCAAAAAUCAGGAUGCUGCCACUGAACCAGUACAACUGGUUCAAUGCAGGACAAGUUUCACCACUGAAGAGGAGAAUAUGCUGGUGGCUCAUAUUGUGGCAUUGUCAAUCAUGGGAUUUCCUAUACCUUUAGUGGAUUUGAGAAAUAUUGCGGCCUCUUACUUGAUUCGUAUAGGUUAAAAAGUUCGUAAGUUCAAAGGUGGUGUAUACCCUGGGAAGGAUUGGGCAUAUUCCUUUUUACAGCGUCAAAAAAGUACAUUGAGUCCAAGAUUGGUUAAAAACAUCACAACAAAACGAGCAGCUGUAGGAAUAGAGGAAAUUCAAAAAUAUUUCAACAAUCUGAAAGAAGAGUUGGAUGGUGUUCCCCCUUCAACAUCUGGAAACCAACUUGGUGGACGAUCCAGGUGUCAAAGUUGUAUUGGUGAAAAGAGGAACAAAAUAUCCAGAGCGUAUUAGAAAUGCAUCUAAGGCAUGUACAACGCUAAUGUGCUGUGGAAGUGCUGAUGGGACAAUUGCUCCAAUGUAAAUUAAUUAUAAAGCUGAAUGCAUUUAUGAUGAGUGGCAAAAAGGUGGACCACCAAAAGCCAGAUAUAACAGGACAAAAAGUGGUUGGAUGGACCUGAAAACGUUUGAAGGCACAAUGUUGCCAUUGCUGAAGAAACUUGAAGGUAGAAAGGUUUUGAUAGGAGACAAUUUAAGUUCCCAUUUGAGCUAUCAAGUAAUCACUAAAUGUAAGGAAAACAAUAUCACUUUCGUAUGUCUCCCUCCCAAUUCAAGUCAUUUAACCCAACCAUUGGAUGUUGCUGUGUUCCGGUCAAUGAAAGGUAUGUGGAGAGAGAUUUUGACAACCUGGAAACAAACAGAAAGUGGAAAAAGAUGUCCAACAGUUCCUAAAAUGAUAUUUCCCAAGUUGGUCAACCAAUUGGUGGAAAGAAUGAAUUCUACUAUUGAGAACAAUUUGAAAUCUGUAUUCCGGGCGUGUGGUAUUUUUCCUAUCGAGUCAGAAAAUGUUCUACGAAAACUGAGCAUCAGUCAGCUGCAAGCUGAAACUGACAAUUUAAAAGAACACAUGUCAACAUCAUUCAUUGAACACCUUGAACAGACAAGAAAGGACACACUUGGUGUAUUAAAGAAAAUCAAUGUUCCUCCUGGGAAAGGAAUUACACCUGACGAUUUUCCACAGGAAGAAGAUGAAACCCCCAGUACCAAUACUACUCCAUCUACAAGUGCACAGGAGACGACACAAACCAAUACCGGCAGGGGAGGAAAGAAGAGGCGGCCAACCAGAGACAGUGAAAGCGAUAGCAGCAGCAAUUCCUCCACCAGUAUCAGCUUGGCAGACACUGAAGACGAGAUUCCCACUAUAGAGGAGCUAUGCAGAAUGAGCUCCAAUGAGGAAGAUGAUGCUCUCUGGUAGACAAGAAUUCAACCUCAAAUUCAUCAAAGUCGAACAUCGGAGAGUAUGUGGUUGUAAAAUAUGAAGAAUCACAUUAUCCUGGCCGCAUACUAGGCUAUCAAUCGAAGGAGGUGACAUCAAAAUCACCUGUAUGGAAAAGUGUGGCAAGUAUUGGAAGUAGCCUACUCCCAGUGACGAGACUUGGUACCAGAAAAGUCAGAUAAAUCGUAAAAUUCCUGUUCCCAAGCAAAUUUCAAGAAGAGAAAUUUUUCUAGUAGAUAUGAAACCUUGAUACAUUUUCUUGUAGAUAUGAUACAUUUUUCUAUUUUACAUUGAACCAGAUUUUUUAGUUGAGUUUAGUUUAGGGUUUUGUUUAAUUUUGAAUGUAGGUCUAGGAUUAUAAACUUUGGUGGUGAACUUCAAAUUUCAAGAAGAGACAUUUUUCUAGUUGACAUGAAACUUGAAAUCCCAGCAUUGACAUUCAGAUAAUUACGGUACAAGUAGGUAAAUAUAUAUAAAUAAUAAAUACAUUUAAGAUUU